UACUAAAUUGUGGCGAAUAAAAAGAGCAAAUAAUCCUUAGGAUGUAUAGUUUUAAGUAAUUGAUGUGAUAGUGCCGUUUUUGCUGUUCCAAUGUUAAAAGGAUAAGACUUAAAUAAUCCUGCAGUGGUCUCGUCACUGUGCAUCGCAUCGCCAAGGAUUCAAAGUUUGCAUCAGCAGUAACGGGUUUUACUGACGGAACUAUCCGGCUUCUACGUCUAUCGACCGACGCUCGGCGUCAUGGACGUCGCAACCGCGACGGCGCCGCACGGAGAGGGCGUCCUCGGACAUUGUUCUACACCACCAUCAGUGAGCCAUGGUAGAUAAGACCGUCGGGGGUACGCGGUAGUAGUGGUGGUAGUGUCAUCAAGUGUGCCAGGACUCGACCAAGACACAUCAGAACGUGAAGGUGUUUUCCUAGGUUCGCCCUCUGAUACCACCACACGGAGAUUAUUCAUAAACAUAAAAUUGACGGACCGGAGGUAAAUCAUUCGUUUAUACCGUCGUUAUGGAAACGAAACGAUGACGGCCUGCUCUAAUGAAAAGUAUCGUUUCCAUUUCCUUGUAAAAAACGCGGAAUGAGCCCUCAUACAGGAACAGAUACAAGAAGGUCUUGCGUCCGACCGCCACAUUUUGACAUACUAUGGCUCCCAAGGGCUGCUAUGCGGUCCGUGGAAGGCGACCCUUCCGACUGCGUCCUCGUGGUUGGUGUAUCACGACCAAAAAUGGCUGCGACCAUCCUUGUUAUUAUGUUGUUGUCCUUGUUCCUAACUUUCCAUAUCCUUUACGAUAGCGCCCUAAACAGUCUCCAGGCUGCUAGCAAUGAUCGACCCCGACCGCCGACUCUUCUGUUUUCGAAACAAUUUUAUCCAUCCGCUACCAGGAGACUACCUCAGGCGAUAAUAAUAGGGGUGAGAAAGUGUGGCACCCGGGCUCUACUGGAGAUGCUAUCUCUCCAUCCGGCAAUUCAAAAAGCUGCGGGGGAAGUUCACUUUUUCGACAGGGAUGAAAAUUACUACAGGGGCUUGGAUUGGUACAGGAUGAAGAUGCCUCAUUCGUAUCCUGAACAAAUCACAAUUGAAAAAAGUCCCAGCUACUUCGUUACGCCAGAGGUACCAGAACGGAUAAGGGCUAUGAACUCCAGCAUAAAGUUGUUGCUAAUUGUGAGAGAGCCAGUGACUCGGGCUAUCUCCGAUUAUACUCAGUUGCGAAGCCACGCGGCAACGGCCCCUUCUUUCACUUUCGGCACGAGUUCACCCCAACGAUCCUUUCAACAAUUGGCUCUUCAUUCUAACGGGUCCAUAAAUGAAGCUUACCGGCCACUAGCAAUUUCCGUUUAUCACAACUACAUUCAUCGUUGGCUCGAGACUUUCCCAAGAGAACAGAUCCUGAUAGUCAACGGUGAUCUACUGAUCGAAGAUCCUCUAUCUCAGAUACAAAGGAUCGAGGAUUUUCUAGGAUUAGAGUCGAAGAUCAGUACACACAAUUUCUAUUUCAACGAGACCAAAGGUUUCUUCUGCUUGCGAAACGAGACUUCAGAUAGGUGCCUGAGGGAGACGAAGGGCCGAAAGCAUCCCCGAGUAGACCCUCUCGUCAUAUCCAAGUUACGUAGGUAUUUUGCCGAACACAACCAAAAGUUCUACGAGUUAGUUGGAGAGGAUAUGGGCUGGCCCGAGGAGUAAGGCUGACAUUAAACUUUGACUUCUUGUUAUGUUAUUACUAAAACUUCAUACAACUUACAUAGUAGGCAUAUGCUCCGGGUUGACCGUUCCAAACUCAUAACGAAGCGGCAUUGCACUUUCUACACACAUAGCUAACAUUUACAUACAUUACGUUACAUUCCAUUGCUGAAUAAAAAGGCAAACUGCAAUAGUCUCUUUACAACAGACAUCAACAAAAAUGAUACAGACAAGGAGGUGAAUUGUAAGCUGCUAUUUUAUUUUUUGUCAUUUUCGGUGUAUUAAGUACAAAAAAUUAUACUUUCUGUGUAAAUUGUUAGAAUCAAAUAAACAUUUUAUUUACAAGAUUGUUAGCAAUACUUACAUCAGAAUAUAAUCACUGAAUAUUCGAAAAUGAAUCGAAGAUGCACCGAAAAUGACAAACACUGAUAAUAAUGUGUCGUUUUUUCGGGAUUUUUCAUUAGUGUAUCAUGGGAUAAAGACCUAUUUGUUUAAAUUUUAUUCGGGGGUUCGUACCUUAUAGUGUGUGGUAUUUAGAAUGACCAAACAUCAAACCUCAUUGGAAACAACAAAGUACAAAUCUUAGGAAUUUUUAUUAUUUUAGCGAAUAAAAAGUACUAAUUGUUCUAUUUUUUUACAGAUGCCAAGUAGUUAUUAGUUACUUAACAUACCAAAUUUACUUAAAAGCAUAUCUCAUAUGGGUUCAAGUGCCAAACGGUUGUCUCAUAAUUAUUUCUUCGACAAAUAGGUCAGGUUAGGUUAGGUUAAAUACUACAACGGGUUGCAUUAAUGCUUGAUAAACAUUUUGAUCUAUAAUGAUUUUGCAUAUUAUUAAAUUUAUUGCGACAAAUUCCGAAUUUAUUUUUGAACAAAAAUACUUAAUAAUUGAUAUUUUUAUAUUUGUGAAAUAUCAAUACUUAACGGCGAAGCAAUUUUGUAAAUGUUCUCUUUUCUAAUAUAAAAGGGUGAACGGGGUUUAACAAUUAACCUUACGGCGUCUUGCCUUGGGGUAGCGGAUCAAAAAUUAAGGAAAUUGGCUGGUACCUAAAUGAUAAGGAGGGAAAUUGAUGGCUCGUUUAUCCUUAUACAUAUUAAGUACCACAGGGCAAAACUGAGGUACGCAUAUAUACUAUUUUUUACUUAAUUUUUUGCUACAUGUCCCGUCAAUAUAACAUGCAAGUAGCAACGGAUUAUUUAUUAUACUAACGACAGUUUAGAAUAGGAACUUAAUCCAUUGAAUAUAAUCGAUUUAACAUCAUUUAAAAGAGUUCAUAAACAUUUUAAUAUUCGAUGCAGAAAUGAAGUCGCAUGAAAAGUUAGGAGUAAGAUAAGUCGUCUAACUGUACACGUUUAUAUGUAUAUAUAUCAAAAACCGCUUUUACACCUCUACUGAAACUUCGAUUGAAAUUAUAAAAGUUGUAGGAAGUGCAUGUCUCGAAUGUAGUUUUAUUUAAAUAAGAAUGGGAAGGCAUAAUGUACAUUUAAAAAUUUAUUGCCGUCAGCAAGGUUUGGAAUAGAAAGUUUUUAAAUAGAUUAUUUAAUAAACGAAAAUUUUACGUUCAAGAAAAUGACGUUUCCAGAAUUUAUGUUUUUAUCAAAUACCAACAGUUCGUUGGAAGCGACUUUUUAUUCCAACAUCGCAAGCUGUAAAGUGUCUAAUUAAAAAAGUUGUAUUUGUCGAUCUGAAGAUUAUUUCGUUCGUUUGCAGUUAUAAAAUUUGUAUUUGAUUUAUCCAGCCUUACACCUCGUGACCAUGAAUUGCUAAAUAUAAAAACAUAUUUACUUUAAAAUUAGAUCUUGUAAACUGCGGGACAAAACCCACGAAACUGCACAUAAUUUUGCCUGUUGCAAGUACAAGCAAUUGUAACUACACCACAGAUUUUUUAUAUAAGCUUUUACCAUAAUUUUAACGUAGAUAAAUAGUUGAAAAUUUUCGUCCAUUUUUAAUGAGGCUGGAACCAGAAAUGAUUGUGUCAAAUAAUUGUUUUUUCGGAAUGAAAAGUACCCAAAACGUACAAUUAUUAAUUUUUCUUCAGUCAUUAGUGUUGACAUGAACAAGAAGCAUUAAACGCCAACGUCAACCUAAUUGAUUUGAAAAUUACAUUUUAUUAAUAUCACUGUUAUCUAUUUCUUAUCCCGAUUUUGGAACCAAAAUAAGGAACUACACCUACUGUCGCAAUUUAGCUAUAAACGCGUAAUUCCAUUACCUGUUAGAUUUUUACUCUCAUCGAGAGAAAAGAAUUGCAGUAAUUUCAAAAAUAGGGAACAAACUCCAGCUAAAUUGAUCCUAAUGAAAUUGACGAUAUUAGUAUACAUUUACGUCAUUUGGUAGUACCUAGUACCAUUUAUAAAAUCCAGAAUACCAGAUUAUAAAUUGAAAGAAAACAAUUAGUGUUGGCGUUGGCUAUAAAACAUUGAUUUUAAGCUAUUUCGAACACAAUUAAUUUCUGGCAGUCCUAGUUGAUUAAACGCUUGCAAUAUUUUUUUUUUAAUUAUAGAAAAGAACUUUUAAAUGAAUGAAAGUUGAGGCUUUAUCUUUUAAGCACUACGGAAUGAAGGAUAUAUUCGUAAUAUAAUAAAAAGGAAAACAAAAGUAACGAUACAUAUCAGAUGAUGCCAUUAAAUGAAUACUAUAGUAAGUAACUAAAGUAUAGGUGUACCUUAUAAACCGAAACUAAACAUAUCAAAUACUGUGAGGAAUGAUCUUAACCCGGAAAUGGUUGGAUCACAUUGGUCAGUGCCUUUAGGUUUAAUGUAUAUCGUAAUCCAUAUUGGAAGUUGUUUGCAGGCCAUAUUUUUUUACGCCACUCAUAUUUCUUUCCUUGUGCAAUUUCACGCUAUUAUACAAAGCUUUAUGAAUGCAUACAUAUAGUUACCAAUUUAUUAUCUAUUAUCUCGUUUCCACUUCUGUUUUUGUUUUUUAACAUAUAUUUUAUGAUAACAAUGAGGGUACGUGAUACUUUUAAAAAUCUUAUUUCAAACAGAAGAAAAAUAGGAGGAAGUUGAUUCUGAAUCGUGAAAUAUUUUGUGAAUUUAUUUAUACAUUAGUACAUACCCGAGUAAAAAUAAAAAGAAUUAUAACACCAUCGAAUAAAUCGACUCAAUAUAUCUGAAAUGACGUAAAUGACCGAAACAGUUUCUACAAAUUAGACGAAAAUUUAAAUUCUAAAAUUAUAGCCAAAAUACUACCCUUUGAAGCUGUAAAACAGCUCCAAACUAGCACCACAUUAACGAAGAUCCGAAAGAACCCUCAAACAGCGUCUCGCCAAAAAACAUACUAUAAUAGCACCAAAACAGCAUCACAUACAAAAUCAUCUACAAGCAGCACAAAGUUAUUAUGAAAAUAGCAAUAAUAGUCACUUUAAUAAUAAUGAGGGUAUAUGAAUAUAUAUCUAUAUACAUGUAUAUAUUUAUAUAUAUUCGAAUUUUAGUAUACCUUUGCUGUUUCGGCGCUUUUUUAGAAUAAAAGCAUCGUCCUUUCGGUGGUAUUUCAGUAGCUUUCUGGAAAGCAAUCCGUGCUGUAUCCGUGCUCUUUUCGUACUAAAUGCAGUACUGUUUCAGUACUCCAUUCUUACACAAUCGGCGGUUCAGUCCUGCAAACGGACCUUUUCCGGUAAUAUUUUAGAGAAAUUUAUGGAGCUAGUUUGGUUGUAAUUCGGUGGAGUGAAAUUGAAAACAAUAAGUUUUAUUUGGGUAGUUGAAAAUUGAGUACA